AUGCUGUCUACAGACGGGAGAUGGAAGCUCACCCCGCGGCUUCACUCCGUCAAGUUUGUUUUCGACGCGCCAACCCCGGCGGACUCGCCGACCCCAGACGAGAUCGUCUUCGAGAACCCGUUCUCGGCUGGCGUCCCGGGCGUGCCCAAGCGCUUCGUCUUCAGAUCCCCCACGACGCGAGGCCCCGAGCAGGAUGACAUGCACACGGUCCACGAUCCUCCUGGGCAUGGCAAAGACUCACCCGACGCCGGAACACCACCUGGAGAAGCGUUGUUUGCUGCUGCUGCUACCAAAGAAACAACCAUCGAUGCGGAAUCGACUGCGCGCCAGUUAUCUCACGUUCGGGGACCGGUGGUUGACCUGAAAGGAGAUAUCGGGCCCGCGGUAUGCGCAGCAUGGGCCUUGGUGUUGUCGUCUUCGUUGUCGUCGUCGUCGCAGACAGAUGGAGGGAAUGUCAGUUUUGGGCUGAGCGUCUCCAACAACACAGACUUGGAGGCUCUGUCUCCGCCGUUGCCAAUCAGGUUUGCCGUCAGUCGUCACACUCGAGCAUCUGCGUUCCUGAGAGACGUCGCAGACUCGACUGCUGCUCUAUCCGGUGUCCCCGGGACUGAGCCCGGGUUGAAGGCCCCAGCUGCGGGCAAGGACGCAUCCCAAACUAUGGUCAUCGCCCUCUCGGUCGCGGCCCCGGAUACGCGUGAGUUGUCAGACGUCUCCGACUGGGCGGUUCGACUCGAGUGCCGGAUCAAAGAGCAAGAACUGGAGCUCUCGGCCACUUUCGACCAUCACUUCUCACGGCCGGCGGUGCGACUCCUACUGAACGACGUGGAGCAUGUUAUCUGGCAGCUAGACAACCUGUCCGGCGAGAAGACCACGCUGGGAGAUAUCAAGAUGCUGAGCCCAGCGAGCCAGCGUCAUCUUGUCCAGUUGAACAGGCCACUACCGAAAGAAGAAAACGUUUUGAUUCAUGAUGUGAUUGACCACCAGGUUCAGUCAGAGCCGCACGCCCCGGCUAUCUGCGCCUGGGACGGCAACAUGUCGUACUCCCAACUGCAGCAGUGUACCGAACAGCUUGCGUACCACCUCUCGAAUAUGGGCGUCGGCCCGGAAGUCCUGGUCCCCGUCAUCUUUGAAAAGUCACUCUGGAGCAUCGUCGCCAUAUUGGCGGUGGUGAGGGCCGGCGGCGCCGUCGUGGCUCUUGAUCCGUCGCUCCCAGCCGCUCGGAUCCGUAUGAUCGUCCAGGACGUAAAGGCAUCCGUCGUACUAUCGUCUCCUGGCAAUCAACACAGAAUUCCCGAGGAGAUACUCCCGGGCAACAGGGUUAUCGUCGACGAAUCGUUCUGCAGAAGGCUCCCGGCCAGGACGGCGGCGACAAGACUUCCACUCACGCAGAAGCCUUCGACCACUCCGGACAAUGCGCUUUACGUCGUCUACACGAGCGGAUCGACUGGGAAGCCCAAAGGCGUCGUGGUGCCUCAUGCGGCAUUCUGCUCCAGUGUCAAGGGGUUCUGCAAGGCCAUACGCCUCGACUCCCCCAGCGCCCGCGUGCUGCAGUACUCCUCCUUCUCGUUCGACAUCUCGAUGCUGGAGAUCCUGUCAACACUGAUGGUCGGCGCCUGUCUCUGCAUCCCGUCAGAGGAGGAGAGAAUGAACAAUCUAGCCCGGUCCAUAUCCAGCAUGGGUGUCAACUGGGCCAUGUUGACGCCCUCGGUGGCGAGCCUGAUGAGCCCGGAAGAAGUCUCGGGUUUGGAGGUCCUCUGCUUCGUCGGAGAGGCGCUCCCGCAAGCCGUGGCCGAUACCUGGGCCGACCACGUCCAAGCCAUCAACGCCUACGGCCCCGCCGAGUGCUCAGCCAUCACCAUCGUCAGCGAGCCCAGGACCAAGGGCGUCAAGAGCAUAUCGCUCGGGAGACCGGCGAACUGCGCCGUCUGGAUCGUCGGUGAGGACGGGCGGCUGGCGCCCUUCAACACGGUCGGCGAGAUCGUCAUCGAGGGGCCGCCUGUCGCCCGUGGCUAUCUCGGCGACGGGGAGAAGACUGGUGCCGUCUUCCUCGACGAUCCGGGCUUCCUCCGCAGCGUGGCGAGAGACUCGGGACGAUGCUACCGGACGGGCGACCUCGGGCGGAUGAAGGUUGAUGGCUCGGUAGACUUCUUGGGCAGGAAAGACGGCCAGGUGAAGAUCAACGGCCAGCGUGUUGAGCUUGGCGAAGUUGAGCACCACCUGGCGCGAUGUCUGGGCUCGACGAAUACUCCCGGGUCCCCGAAGACCACCUGGGAUGUCACAGUCGAGCUGCUCCGGCCGAUCGGAGCUGAUCACGGCAUCUUGACGGCAUUUGUGACACCUACUUCAAAGUCUUCUACCGGUGUUACUAUAGACAGCCGCAUGGAGAUGCUGGUCAGCGAAACAGAUAGAACUUGGCAGGAUACCAACAGCCGGUUCCGAGAAGCUUCGGCCGAGCUUGCGACUAUCCUACCGGCUUACAUGGUCCCCAGGGCAGUCAUUGCUUGCCAUAGACUGCCACUUUCGCCCUCUGGGAAAGUCGACAGGAGAUCUCUCCGCGGUAUCGGGAACGGAAUGACUACGCAGAAGCUUCUUCGGUCCUCUGCGCGAGGCGAAACGGCAUCCGAAGUUGAAACAGAGACAUCUGUAAUAUUACCGUCCGGAGACCUCACCGAGUCAGAAGGAGACUCCUCGGUUGGACAGUUCACCAUCUCUUCCGGCAACACAAAGCCCUCAUCCGAAGCCUCGUUAUCGCUGUCUAGCCCCUCAGACUCUGAAGUGACACCGAUCGAGGCUGUUCUGCGCAAGGCCUGGGCUACGGUGCUGGGCGUCCCAGAAGACACCAUCUCGCCCGAGGACGACUUCUUCGCGCUCGGCGGAGACUCGAUCGGCGCCAUCAAAGUCGUUGCCGCGUGCCGCCGACUUGCGUUGCAGAUCAACGUCGCCAGCAUCUUCAAGAACUCGGUGCUGCGGAGGAUGGCCCUGGUUUGCAAACGCGCCGGCGAGGACGACGAGGAAGACAAACCGGCACGCUCGGCUCGCUGCACCAUCACGCCCUUCCAGUUCCUCGACCCCGAUGCCGUGCCCGAGCUUCGCGAGGAAGCCUCCUUUCAGUGCGAUGUCAGGGCCGAGGACAUCCAAGACUUGUAUCCCUGCACCCACAUGCAGGAAGGUCUCAUGGCGGUCAACCUCACGCGGCCGGGGAGCUACACCGGCCGAUGGAUCCAUGCUCUGCCCCAAGACGUGGAACUCACGCGCUUCAAGAGCGUCUGGGAGCAUAUCCACGCCACGUCGCCGAUACUCCGGACGCGGUUCGCAACGACGGCGUCCGCGGGCUCCCUCCAGGCCGUCAUACGGGAAGGGGUCGAAUGGCUCUCGCACCACGACCUCGAAGCAUACCUCGACGAGGACGACUCCCGGCCCAUGUACCCUGGCGACCCGCUCAACCGCUUCGCGCUCGUGGCGUCCGGGGACGGCGCCGUGACGUUCGUGUGGACCAUCCACCACAUGCUCUACGACGGCUGGUCGCUCGCCAUGCUCUGCGGUAGACUCAACGACCUCUACCACGGACGCGUCGCGAAGCCGGCCACUGACUACCGCCGCUUCAUCGCCUAUACCCGCGAGCUCUCGCCCAACGCAUCCGAGUAUUGGAAGAGGGAGCUGCGGGGAUCUCCGGUGUCGAGCUUCCCGGCCUUCCCGGAUCCGCGUCAUCAGUCGUUUGCCAGGGCCGUCGUCCGAGACGAACUCGUCAUCGACAUUGACCCGUCGUUCGGCGUCACCAUGUCGACGUUUGUACGCGCAGCCUGGUCUCUCAUGGUCGGCCACUUCUCAGCCUCGGAUGACGUUCUGUUCGGAGCAACGGUUUCUGGCAGGAAUGCGCCCCUCGACGACAUUGAGAGCGUUGAAGGGCCGACCAUCGCCACCGUUCCGGUUAGGGUCCGGAUCGACAAGAAGCUGGCCAUCGUCGAUUUCCUACGCCGGAUCCAGGACCAGGCGGCUUCGAUGAUCCCCUUUGAACAAACGGGCAUCCAGGGGAUCAAAGCCCUGAACGACGACACGAGGCGGGCCUGCAAAUUCCAGAACCUGCUGGUUGUCCAGGCUGGCGGCGGCUGGGAGGAGACCGGACCGGGCCCCCUCCUGAAGCCGGCCUAUCGAGAAGAGUACACGACUUUCCCAGUCACCUGUGAGGUCUGGCUGCACCCUGGACGGGUCGAUUUCGCAACGCACGUGGACGAGGAAGUGACAAGCCGGGUCUUCGUGGCACAUGCCAUCGAGACUGUCAAGAUCAUCAUGACCCAGCUCGCUCAGGCUACAUCCGGGACGAGCUGCUUCUCCUCCAAGAUUGCCGACAUUGUCUUUGACAAGGUUUCAAGCCUCUCACAGUCUGUUUGCAAUAGAGAUCAGGAGCCCGUCAAGGUCUCGGUCACACUGCACGAACUUAUCACAAAGCAGAGCCGAUUCGAGCCCGAGCGUGACGCAGUCGUCUCAACGACUGAUCGUCUAUCGUAUGCCACGCUGGAAGCCAUGGCUUCUGCACUGGGGCAACGACUCGUCGACAUCUGGACAGUCGUCGCCCUGCUCGGAGUGCUGAAAGCGGGCGCCGUCUUCGUUCCCCUGGACCCGAGCCAGCCAAUCUCCCGCCUGAGAGAGGUUGUCGCGCAAGUCAGAGCCAGGACUGUCCUCAUGUCGGCAUUCCAAGCAAAAGCAACAGACCUUGGCACUCUUACGCGCAUCAUCGUCGACCAGGAAUCGCUCGAGAGACUUGUGAGCUCUGAUGACCCCGAGAUGCUCGCCACUCGUCCCGAGCCGGACAGUCCGGCAUACGUUAUCUUCACCUCCGGAUCUACCGGGACCCCGAAAGGCAUCGUCGUAUCUCAUGCGGCAUUCGCCUCCAGCGCAACCGCCCAUGGGUCUGUCUUUGGCAUAUCUCGCGAUAACCGCGUGCUCCAGUUUUCGGCGUACAGCUUCGACGCCAGCCUGUUCGAGCUUCUUACGACCCUAAUCCAUGGCGGGACGGUCUGUGUGCCCAUGGAAGCAGAGCGCUUGGAGAGCAUCGGAGGCUUCAUGCGGCGGAUGAAUGUUGACCUGGCCCUCCUCACGCCGUCCGUCGCCCGCAUCGUCGAUCCGGCCGAGGUCCCGUCGCUUCGGACCUUGAUUUUGGGAGGGGAAGCACCGGAUGGGGUCCUGGUUGAGAAAUGGCGGGAUGCCGGGACAAGACUCUUCAAUGCCUACGGGCCGAGCGAGUGCUCCGUGAUCGCGGCUUGCCACUGCUACUCCGCACAUACGGACCCUCGGACCAUUGGUCUCCCUGUGGGUUGUUCUUCGUGGAUCGUUAAUGCGGAUGAUAACGAAGCGUCUCCGGUUGCCGACGGAGACAUCGGCGAGCUGCUUCUAGGGGGCCCGACCUUGGCUGACGGGUAUCUCAACGACCCGGCGAGAACAGCCGCGGCGUUCGUCGACAGUUCUUCAUGGCCGCUGGAGAUUCGUCCGAGAGACGCGGGUCGUCUUUACAAGACGGGAGACCUUGUCCGGAAGGACAACGACGGAAACAUGGUUUACGUCGGCCGCAAAGACAUGCAGGUCAAGGUCAACGGCCAGAGAAUCGAGAUCGGGGACAUUGAGUCUCACCUGUCGGGUUGCCUCCGGUUCAAGCGCGGCGUUGUUGUUUUCCCUACAAAAGGGCCAUUCUCAAGACAGCUUGUGGUAGUUUUGGAAGCCGAAAACAGCCGUACGAGUGCCACUGGCCAUCCGCAUGCCGAAGAAAGCUGCAACGAAGAGGUGGAUGAAAUCCGACGAGAACUGUCCGAGAAGGUCCCCAGCAUCAUGGUGCCGGCCCAUUGGGUUGGCAUCAACACACUGUCUCCCAAAGGCUUUCCUCUUUCUGCCUCUGGAAAGGUGGACAGAAAACUGAUCACGACCUGGCUCGAAGGCCUGUCGGGACGAGAACCGAGCAUCUUUGGCACGACGGCCCAGUCGUCCACAGAGCUGGCAGUUAUACUUCCAGACGACUUCCCUGCCUACGAGUUGGCGGAGAAGAUCUCCAGUCUGAUACCUUCGAGGUCUCUUUCUCCUAGGUCAGCCAUCUCUGGGGGCUUCGACGACAUACUUCUCCAAGCGUCCGGCCUCGACUCUCUCAAUAUGAUGUCGCUCAUGCACUUCAUACACACGACAUACCGGACCAGAGUCAGCAUGCAGUUUCUGAUGGACGAGAAGACCAGUAUCCGAUCACUGGCGGCGUUUAUCUCUCGUUCAAGCCCAAGGCGAAACUCCGUCCAGGCAUCAGCGCCCCCAGCCACCAGCCAGAUGAUCGAUAUCAUGGCCCAAGUCAACCGGUAUGACGACGAGCUGUUUAGGCUAUCGGGGUCCGUUCCCGAAGCUUCGUUUAGCCGUCCUAAGAACAAAGACAACGGCCUCAACGUCUUUCUUACCGGCGCAAGCGGCUACCUGGGCACACAGAUACUGCGUCAACUCCUCGAGCGUGGCGAUGUUGGUCGUGUGACGGCUCUCGUGCGCAGCUCAAGCCCCCAGACAGCCAGGAGCCGGGUGGUCGAGACAGCUCAAAAGGCCCUGUGGUGGACCGAGUUUCACGACGACAAGCUCGACGUCUGGGCCGGGGAUCUGUCGCGUCCACAGCUGGGCCUCGCACAAGAGCGUUGGGAUCUCCUGGGCGACGGUCACUCUUUUGACGCCGUCAUCCACAACGGCGCCGCUGUGCACUGGAACAAGAGCUACUCGGCCCUCGAGGCGGUCAACGUCGGCUCGACAGUCCAGCUGCUUGGUCUCGCCAUCCGAAACCCAUCGCCGAGAUUCGCAUACGUCUCGGGCGGCCGGCAGUGGAGGAGCGAGGUAGAGAGGGACGAAGACGUUGCUCUCGAGCUUGCGGGCGCGAUGGGAUACAGCCAGACCAAGUUCGUCGCAGAGGUCCUGGUAAAGAGGGCCGCCGACAGGAGUCGUUCCCUUUGGAGAAACAUUGCGGUAUACAGGCCGGGCCUCGUGAUCGGGACCGCCACCGAGGGCGUGGCCAACCUGGACGACUACAUCUGGAGACUCACCUCGGCGAACAUCGACAUUGGCGCUUACAACGCCGAUGACGAGGAUGCCUGGCUGCAUGUGUCAGACGCGGCCACGACUGCUGCCGGUGCCAUCCGCACCGCGCUUGAACCAACCCCACGGGGGAACGCCGUCGAAAGCCAAGAGGAUGGAAUGACGUGGGGCGAAUUUUGGAGACUCGUCCAGGCUUCGGGGUAUCAUAUUCGUCCAACUCCGGCGUCCGAAUGGCUCUCGGCGGUCAGGAGGGAUGUGGCGGCGAGACAGGAGGCGCAUCCACUGUGGCCGUUGUCUCACUUGCUUGACGAUGGCUCCAUGGAGUGGGAUGUCAGGAGUAAACGCGUGAACGAGUGCCCGAUGCGACUCAAAGUUGCGGUCCGAAGGAAUCUCGAAUUCCUCAUGCGGAUCGGGUUUUUGCCUGCUGUAGGAUCCGUCACUCAUUCGAAUAAGAGGCCGACGAACAGCUUCCGCCGAUCAGGGUCCUAG